AUGGAGCCGGCGGGCACCGGGCGGAGCCUGCCUGUGCCGCCGCCGCUACUGCUGCUGCUGCUCCUGCAGGUGGCGGGGCCAGCGGGCACCCUGGCCGAGACCCUGCUGGACGCUCCCAGGGCCAUGGGCACCAGCUCCAGCCCGCCCAGCCCUGCGAGCGUGGUGGCUCCCGGAACGACGCCGUUCGAGGAGAGUCGGUUGCCCGUGUUCACCCUGGAUUACCCUCACGUGCAGAUUCCCUUCGAGAUCACCCUGUGGAUCCUGCUGGCCUCCCUGGCCAAGAUUGGCUUCCAUCUCUAUCACAAGUUGCCCACGAUCGUGCCUGAGAGCUGCCUUCUCAUCAUGGUUGGACUCCUGCUAGGGGGCAUUAUUUUUGGAGUUGAAGAGAAGUCCCCGCCUGCGAUGAAGACAGACGUGUUCUUCCUGUACCUCCUGCCCCCCAUUGUGCUCGACGCCGGCUACUUCAUGCCCACCCGCCCGUUCUUCGAGAACAUUGGCACCAUUUUCUGGUACGCGGUGGUCGGGACACUCUGGAAUUCCAUCGGCAUUGGGGUGUCCUUGUUUGGUAUCUGCCAGAUUGAAGCCUUUGGCCUGAGUGACAUCACGUUGCUCCAGAAUUUGCUCUUUGGCAGCUUAAUCUCUGCGGUGGACCCCGUGGCUGUGCUGGCCGUCUUCGAGAACAUCCACGUCAACGAGCAGCUCUACAUCCUGGUCUUUGGGGAGUCCCUGCUGAAUGACGCGGUGACAGUGGUCUUGUACAACCUGUUCAAGUCCUUCUGCCAGAUGAAAACCAUCGAGACCAUUGACGUGUUUGCUGGGAUCGCCAACUUCUUUGUCGUGGGCAUCGGCGGCGUGUUGAUUGGCAUCUUCCUGGGAUUUAUAGCAGCAUUUACUACUCGGUUCACACAUAACAUUCGGGUGAUCGAGCCGCUGUUUGUCUUCCUGUACAGUUACCUGUCCUACAUCACCGCAGAGAUGUUCCACCUCUCGGGCAUCAUGGCAAUCAUCACUUGUGCAAUGACUAUGAACAAGUACGUGGAAGAAAACGUAUCUCAAAAAUCCUACACGACCAUCAAGUACUUCAUGAAGAUGCUGAGCAGUGUCAGCGAGACCCUGAUCUUCAUCUUCAUGGGCGUGUCCACCGUCGGGAAGAACCACGAGUGGAACUGGGCCUUCGUGUGCUUCACCCUGGCCUUCUGCCUGAUCUGGAGAGCCCUGGGUGUCUUUGUCCUGACGCAGGCCAUUAACUGGUUCCGGACAAUUCCCCUGACCUUCAAGGACCAGUUCAUCAUCGCCUACGGAGGGCUGCGGGGGGCCAUCUGCUUCGCGCUGGUGUUUCUCCUGCCUGCUGCCGUGUUUCCGCGGAAGAAGCUCUUCAUCACGGCCGCGAUCGUCGUCAUAUUCUUCACUGUCUUCAUCCUGGGAAUAACCAUCCGCCCACUGGUGGAGUUUCUUGAUGUUAAGAGGUCUGAUAAGAAGCAGCAAGCUGUCAGCGAGGAAAUCCACUCUCGGUUUUUUGAUCAUGUGAAGACGGGGAUUGAAGAUGUUUGUGGACAUUGGGGUCACAACUUUUGGAGAGACAAGUUUAAAAAGUUUGAUGACAAAUACCUGCGGAAGCUUCUGAUUCGGGAGAGCCAGCCCCGGUCGAGCAUCGUGUCCUUAUACAAGAAGCUGGAGAUCAAGCACGCCAUCGAGAUGGCGGAGACCGGGGUCCUGAGCGCAGCGCCCUCCUCCGCGUCCCUGAAUGACUGUCGUGAAGAAAAAAUAAGGAAACUCACGCCUGGUGAAAUGGAUGAAAUUCGAGAAAUAUUAUCAAGAAAUCUCUAUCAAAUCCGUCAGCGAACUUUGUCAUACAACAGACACAAUCUGACUGCCGACACCAGUGAGCGACAAGCCAAGGAGAUUCUGAUCCGACGCAGACACAGCCUGCGGGAGAGCAUCAGGAAGGACAGCAGCCUGCUCCGGGAGCGCAGGGCGUCCACGUCAGCCUCCCGAUACUUAUCCUUACCCAAAAAUACAAAGCUUCCCGAAAAGCUACAAAAGAAAAAGAAUAUUCAUAAUACAGGUGGAAGCAGCAGCGACUCCGACACCGAAGCCGGGACCACCGUCCUCAACCUGCAGCCCCGAGCGCGGCGCUUCCUGCCGGAGCAGUUCUCCAAGAGGGGCCCGCAGGCCUACCGCGUGGAGUGGAAGAACGAGGUGGCCUCGGACUCUGGCCGGGGGCAGCCCUGCCACCCCCCGGCGCCCCACAGCAAGGAGGGCGCCACCCAGACCCCGGGCGUGCUCCGGCAGCCCCUCCUCCCGGGGGGCCCGGGGGGCCCGGGGCGGGAGCACGGUGUGGCAGAGGGCCAGCCACCCAGGCCGCCGCCCAGGCUGGUCCGCAGGGCCUCGGAGCCCGGCGGCCGCAAGGCCCGCUUCGGGAGUGAGAAGCCCUGAUGGAAAUGGCCCAGGCACGGGGCUUUCGGUCCACAACCCGGCCCGGACUGGGCCUCCUCUCCAAGCCCUCCGUGCGGCCAGACCCUCUCCCUGGGGCCGGGGCCGUGCCUUGGGCGAACGGACGACUGCUCAGCCCCAGAAGAGCAAAACUGGGGAGAAAGUCCCAUGAAAUGUCUUUUAUGACUUGCCAGCAGCCUGGUCUUCCCAGGCCUAAGAGAAGCAGUGUGCCUUCAUCGAACUUGAAUGACUGAACUUGACAUUUUUAACACACUCUUGUUGGUGAGAAUUUUAAUAUAUACAUAUGCCUCAAAUUUUAUUUAUGAAAAAAGAUAGGUAUAUCUGUGAUCAGUUUUUAAGUGAAUGGCACUAAAAAUACUCAGAACCUCUUCCCAAGGUGUAGAGGGCAGUCCCCGUGGCUGGCAGGCCACCGGCCGAGUCCAGGCCAUUCGGCCGAGCUGGGGAGCAGAGGAGGUGGCCUGGCUCCCAGAGCCUCAUCAGAGGUCCUACCACCCUGCAGAAUAAUGAAAAUCGGCUGGUUUUUAAUUUGUUCCCCAUUGUACUGCGUGACGGGGUGACAUUGAGCCCAUCGCCUCUUCCUGUUUAAAUGGUGCGAAGAGAAAGGCUGUGUGGGCAACACCAGUUUGUGAUGUGUGACACUGGGCCGCUUUCAACCAAGCUCCCCGUGGGGCCUCGUGUGGCUGUGGGGAGGCAGGGAAACCUGUUGGCAGGUUUUCUGGUGUGUGAUGCUGAGCAAGAGGCAGGAGAGUCUGUUCACACCCAUCUGACCAUCUGCUUCAGAACUUUUCUGUAGAACGUUCUAGAACUUGGCAUCCAGGCCACAGAGGCUCUACGGAGACAAGGUUGAAAGUGUAUGUGAAGAGUAUGCCAGUGUUUAGUAAGUUGGUUAGAGUUCAGGUUUUGAAUUUCAUGCAGGCAGGCAGCACUUUGGAGGGUGUGGGAGCUGUUACCUUGCACUAGUCCGUACACGCUCCACCUCCCCCCACACAGGGUCACUCGGUUCUUCAUAUGAAAAUGGGCUCUGCUCAGCUGAGUCCCUUUGUAAGUACAGCGGUGGAACGUGAUCAUUAAAAAUGAAUUGAGUCUCUG